UAAAUACAAACACAAGGACCAAUCACAAACGACUGGGGGGCGUGUCUUACAUUCCGCUGUUCUGACUGUUUACUUCCGUCAAUAUUCAAAGAAAAGCAGAAAAUUAUCAACAUAACAAAGGAACCGCUAUCUCUGGAACAGGUGGAAGAAGAUGCCGUUCUUGGGCCAAGACUGGAGAUCACCAGGCUGGAGUUGGAUCAAAACUGAAGAUGGAUGGAAGCGCUUUGAAUACUUCGACCUCAACUUGGGAGAUAACAUCAAUGAACUUGGCCUGGAAGAGUUGGACAAUGACAACAAGGAGAAUGUCUAUGUGGGAGAUGUCUGUGAAGUAGCUGCCAAGAAGAGAAAAAAGGACUUUUUCAACAACAACACAAAAUCAGAGUUUUUGUUUCAGGAGAGAUGGAUCUACGUUCAGAAGGAGAGCACUAGAGAGAGACAUGGGUACUGUACGCUGGGUGAGGCCUUUAAUCGACUGGACUUUUCCAGUGCCAUUCAGGAUGUGCGCAGAUUCAACUAUGUGGUCAAACUUCUGCAGUUAAUUGCUAAGUCCCAGUUGACGUCUUUAAGUGGAGCUGCUCAGAAAAACUAUUUUAAUGUCCUGGAGAAGAUCGUGAGGAAAGUUUUGGAUGACCAUCAGAACCCGCGAUUGAUCAAGGCCUUGCUGCACGAUCUUAGCUCCACCCUCUGCAUCCUCAUGCGAGAGGUCGGGAAGUCUGUGCUGGUUGGCAACAUCAACAUUUGGGUUUGCCGUUUAGAAACUAUCCUAAACUGGCAGCAGAAGCUCAACAAUUUACACAUUCCAAAGCAAGUUUCAAAUGGGAUGACACUGAGCGACCUCCCUCUGCACAUGCAAAGCAACAUCCUGUUCAAGUUUACUGACGCCUGUGACAUCAUUAACCUGGGACAAGCCACACCAACAUUGCACAUGCUCAGCGAGGACCGGCAACUGUGGAAGAAACUGUGCCAGUUUCACUUUGCUGAGAAACAGUUCUGCAGGCACUUGAUUCUGUCAGAGAAGGGCCAUGUGGACUGGAAGCUGAUGUUCUUCACACUUCAGAAAUACUACCCUCAGAAAGAACAGUAUGGAGACACACUGCAGUUCUGCAAGCACUGUAGCAUCCUCUUCUGGAACGAUAGACACCUGGCUUUGCUCUUUACGGACUCGGGACAUCCUUGCACAGCAAACGAUCCUGACAGCUGCCUCACCCCCGUCUCUCCGCAGCAUUUCAUAGACCUCUUCAAGUUCUGAAAUUCAGAAUGUUUUUGGACUUCUCACCUUCUGAUCUCCUCGGGAAAACCUGCAAACAACACCUUUAACCAAGACUAUGAGCCUGAUGAAACAUUUUCCUAACUUCCACUCUCUGCUCCAGACAAGCCUGUCAUCUCCUCUCUUUUCUUGUUUCUUGGACUGCCUGUGAAUAAAAGCAUUAGAGUUCGAACUUUUGACAUUAUAAUGAAUGAAUGAAUUUUCUUUUCGCUCAUCCAAACUUUAAGGGCUCAUAGAAAAGAUGUCAUGAUGUUAAGAGUUUCUUUCCUGUUGUCCUCUUCUUUUUUUUUUUGUUUUGUUUCCGUAUUGUUUUCUUUGAGAAUGAAUCUGUUCUUUAAGCACAGGUAGAUGGGAAGUGCAAAAGAGCCAGGAGAUAAGGAUUGUUCGUCUAUAAAAGAACAAAAAUCCAAACAAACUUGCUUUCAGGAGAGAUGGGUUGACAUGAAAGAGAUCCUAAGCAGAGGCUAUUUUGUCAUUUUAUAUAUAUAUAUAUAUAUAUUAGUUGUAGAUCAAUGUUUACUUGAGUUCUCUUGUUGUGCUGUGUGUAUAACACUAAAGUGUACAUUUGCAUUGCAUUUGCUGCAUAAAAUGACUUUUUAUGACACACUUUUGUCAAAUCUGCCACGAGGGCAGACGAAAAAUAUAAUGUAAGCUUUGCUAUUUAUGAACAAAUGUAUUUUAUAUCCUUUUUCUGAAGUUUAUAUAGUAUUCCUUUACUAUUUCAGUAAUGUAAAUGUCACUGAAUGGCUGAAGUGUAGGAUGUGUUUGGUACUAUCAAAAAUUUGCAAGAAUCAUGAUUAUCUAAAAUAAUUACAACUUUUGGAAAAAAAGUUGUCGUGUCUUUGUAAAUAAUGUAAAAUGCUUUAGUUGCUUGGUAAAAAGGCAGUCACAGAUCAGGACCUUAGGAUAGGGGAUAGCUUGUAGGAGACAAAACAAUGCUGUGGGAGUUCAUUUUGUCUAUGACAGCUGUUAUUUAUUACAAUACAUUUUUUAAAAGGGAAUGUGCCCUGAAGCAUACUGGUGUUAAAUGUCUUUCUUAACGAUGAAGCUUUGUUGUUCUCUUGUAUUAUAAAUGGGUCCCUACAACUUGCCCCUACUAGU